AUGUCCGACUCGCAAAGCAGCGUGGCAGGUCCAUCUCGCAACGAGACGUCACUCGAAGCGCGCCAGCAGGCCACUCCUCGACAGCGGGAAAAAGCACCUCAGCUAGAUGAUGUACUGCUCGACGAGACUGCUCUAGAACAAGAAAUCGAUCUUCUCAUCGGCCAAUAUCUUGAAUCACGCGGAGCUCCCUCAGCAGCCAGGAUUUGGGAUGAACAGAUCCUGGGCAAGGGUGCAGAUGACGGAGAUUGGGGAGCUAUCGAAGGUCUCAUUGCGAGGCCUGGUUUAUUGAGACCUCAAACCCAAAAGGCUUUCCUAUAUCUAGUGUACAGGCAACAAUUCUUGGAACAUGUUGAGAACCGUGAAUCGCAGAAAGCAUUCAACUUACUGCAGAAGCGUCUAAAAGCUCUGGAACACUAUCAACCUGUGCCAUACGAUUUCUAUUCGCUUUCAUAUCUCACGUCUGCCUCUACCGUUCAUGACGCACCAACAUUUCGGGACUGGGCUGGAGUCGGUCCGGAGAGAGAUCGGCUGACGGGGGUUUGGAGAGAGAUCAUCGAUUCUGAACGAGGCGGGGAAGUGGGAGAACGGAGAUACGUGCCUCCUGACCGACUAAAGACUCUUUUGAAGCAGGCAGCAGCUUGGCAAGUUGGUCAGAUAGAGAGGAAACGCGACAGUCCCGUUAAGAUCUCUUCGAUGCUUCAGGACUACAGACCUGUAGAGCUACCGAAUACCCUCCAGCGGUUGAUCCAUGGACACCUCGCCAACAUCAAAGCGGUUGACCUUAUAGGUUCUACAGGUCACUACGGCGUCAGUGGGUCAAGCGACUGCACCCUCCGCAUAUUUUCCACAGAAGACGGCACGACAGAGCACGUUCUCUCUGGACAUACAUCCAGAGUCUGGAGUUGCGCAUCGUCGCCUUCUAGGUCCACUAUAGCGAGUGGGUCUGGAGAUGGCUCGAUUCGGCUCUGGUCUGUCGCCAACGGGGAUUGCCGAGGGGCGCUGGCAGGCGAUGGAGGAGACGUUUACAGCGUCAAAUGGCGGCCCAAUCGAGAUGAUCAAUUGGCUACGGCGUCUUAUGAUCGUAUUCUUCGUUCUUGGGAUGUGGAGACUGGCAAGCAACUGCGGACAUUCUCAGGCCACAGUCAGAGUACGCUCGCUGUCGCUUACGACUCUACGGGAAAUAUGAUGGCUUCCGGUUCCAAGGACAAGCAUGUGAGAUUGUGGGAUGCCGUGGGCGGUGUUUGCAUCAACACCAUGACCGACUGUCUGGGAGAGAUUACCUCGGUAGAGUUUGACGACGAGGGAAAGUACCUGUUGGCCGGGUGCAAGGACAACUCAAACCGUCUAUGGGAUCUCCGGAUGCAAAGGAGUAUCUACCGAUACACUGGUCAUCAAAACACAUCAAAGAACCUGAUCCGGUGCACCUUUGCCUACUCUGCAUCCCUCGUUAUCGGCGGAUCAGAAGACGGAUCGGUGUACAUCUGGGACCGCGAAGGCAGCACUCCAGCCAAUACUUUGAACGAAGCCAGUCGCCCACCUGCCCUCCUUGCUCCUACCGCAUACGGUCCCAGCGGCGAACCCAUCGCCCCUACACUGUCCCACGCCGAUAUACCUCUUCGGCCCCCUGCUUCGCCGGCGUAUUACCCCCCAAGGGACGUGCGCGCGACGGGCGCCAGUUUCAGCAGCAGUGUCGCCCGUAGCGGGGGCAUCACCGUGCGGCCGUCCAAGGUCUUACUGGGACAUGGCGACGGAGCGGUGUUUGAUGUCAAGUGGAAAGACGGGAGGAUGAUUAGUGCUGGCGAAGAUGGAGCUGUUGGUAUCUGGGGCGUCGAGCGUUGA